AAGUGAAAAAUUUUUACAAAUUUUUGAACGAGUGCUAAUUUGCUACGAUGAUGGCAGAUUUAGACAAAUGGAUUGACAUUGUCAAGGAUUGCAAAUAUUUGCCAGAGAAUGACUUGAAGAAAUUAUGUGAUUGGGUAUGUGAAAUUCUAAUGGAAGAAUCGAAUAUUCAGCCAGUCAGUACUCCUGUAACAGUUUGUGGUGAUAUACAUGGCCAGUUUUAUGAUUUAGAAGAGCUUUUUCGUACUGGUGGACCUAUACCAGAUACUAAUUAUAUAUUUAUGGGAGACUUUGUUGAUCGCGGUUAUUAUAGUUUAGAAACCCUAACCCGGCUAUUAACUUUAAAGGCUCGUUAUCCUGAUCGCAUAACAUUACUGCGGGGUAACCACGAGUCUCGGCAAAUCACUAAAGUGUAUGGGUUUUAUGACGAAUGCUUUAGCAAAUAUGGAAACGCAAAUGCUUGGAAGUAUUGUUGUAAGGUAUUUGAUUUGCUAACCAUUGCGGCUAUAAUUGAUGAAGAAGUAUUAUGUGUGCAUGGUGGCCUUAGCCCAGAAAUUAUAACCUUAGACCAGAUUCGCACAAUUGAUCGCAAUGUGGAGAUUCCUUAUAAGGGCGCUUUUUGCGAUUUAGUUUGGUCUGAUCCAGAGGAUAUGGAUUAUUGGGGACAAAGUCCUCGUGGAGCGGGGUGGCUUUUUGGACAAAAAGUUACUAAAGAUUUCAUGCAGAUUAACAAUUUAGAGCUGAUCUGUCGUGCUCAUCAAUUAGUAAACGAAGGUAUUAAGUAUAUGUUUGAGGAUAAACUGGUUACGGUGUGGUCAGCACCAAAUUACUGUUAUCGAUGUGGUAAUGUGGCUGCAAUAUUAAGCUUCCAAACUCCAAAAGAGCGCAUUACCAAAAUAUUUGUGGCUGUUCCCGAAACCGAUCGGGUUAUACCUCCUCAAAAUACAACACCAUACUUCCUUUAAAUCGAUCGAAAAUAAAGAAGAUUCACUAAGACAUAA